AUGAAAUUGCUAGCAUCCUUCACUUCAAUCCUGGCUGCAGCAUCAGCUGGCCAAAUUUUCAGCCAACCACAGGCCGAGCACUACGCUAAGGCUGCUGAUAUUUACCAAUCAGCUGUGGAGUACCAGCCGGCUGCUUACAGCGGCCAAUCGCAGGCUUUUGCUGGACAUAAUAUAGCCUAUCAGGAGCGGCCAUCAGCUGAGAAGUCAGCCAAAAUCCUGUCUUACCAUUCCGAAAACGACGGUCAAAACUACCACUACGCUUAUGAAACUGAAAAUGGGAUCAAAGCUCAAGAAGCAGGUCACGCCGGCAAAAGCACUCAAGCCGAAGGAGCUUUUUCCUACACCGGUGAUGAUGGCCACACCUACACUGUGACGUACACCGCCGAUGAGAAUGGAUUCCAUGCCCAGGGAGCUCAUCUCCCAACAUCUCCCCCCAUUCCCGAGGCCAUCUUGAAGUCCUUGGAGCAGAACGCUAAAGACGAAGCCAGUGGCAUCUACGAUGAUGGUCACUAUCACGAUCAACAGCAACAGCAACAUCAGCAACAACAGCAACAGCUGCAACAACAACACCAGCAGCAACAACAGCAACAGCUGCAUCAGCAACAUCAGCAACAGUUGCAGCAGCAACACGUGCAACAGCAACAGGUGCAACUGCUGCAGCAGCAACACCAGCAACAGGUGCAACAACAACACCAGCAACAGGUGCAACAACAACACCAGCAGCAAUACCAGGCCCAAAGCUAUGAAGGCUACCAGCAAGAGGCCUAUGAAGCUGCAUCUGUUGGGGCUGGUUACCAUCAUUGA